AUGACGGGUUCACUGUAAAUACCCCAUAUCCAUGUUCACACACACAACCAUGUAGGCCUACAUGUUAUUGCGUACACACUGAAAUACCCCAGAAAAGUAAUAGAAUUGACGGCGACUAUUGCAAGCUAUGGCGUACAAUGUAAAGCAAUCAUGUAUUUUAGCAGUGUUGGGCUGCCCAAAUUGAUGAGCGCGGUCUUGAACCAACGGUAAAGAAAUGCACAAUUGUUGGUUAUUUUUUCGUGUACGUUGACCAACGUGUACUGGUUAGCUGUAAAGGGCUGUCAACUGUGGAAGGCAUACAUCGACAGGUACAAUUGCGGCCACGGGAGUAGACAUUGGACAAGUCACAAAAACAAUGAAGUGCUGGAAGUGUGGCGUCCAGAAACUUUCGAAAGAGUUCCCGCCAUGGACCAUAAUGGAGACGUGCCAACAUGCGGCAUUGCAUUGCCUCAGGUGCGUGACGGCUCAUGUCGAGCAACACGGCAAUUGCUCCCAAUGUGAAAGUCCAGUUGGUCUCGAUUCAAUUCGUCUUAAACACUGCCACAGUAUGCUGGACGCUAUGUUUCCUGAGUACAAGAUCACUUACGAGCCCACUUUGGAAGCGGACACGGCUGGUGAGAAAGGCUACAUCAGUCUGGCAAUGCUGAAUGGUGACAGCACGAGUGUUGAGCUGAACGCGGCCAUGACGGUCUUCAAGUUGAGAGGGAUCGUCAAGAAAGAACUUGGAGUGCCAUUUGAGAAUCAACAACUGAUUUACAAUGGAACGGAAAUGAAGGAAUAUACAGAAGAUCAAGCCACAACAAACCUCGGCUACUACAAAGUCCCCCCUUCAGCAACCAUCUACGUCAGACGUCUUCUGUACGCAGUUCAAAACAGCAACUUAAAGAAGGUAGUCUUCGAUCUCAACUGGGGCUAUCCAGCAGGGGGAAAAGACUUUCUGGACGCAACUGCGAUCAUCUUCAGCGGUACCGAGUUGGUAGACUAUCUGGAUUACAGAAAACUAUCCCAUGACUCAAUGAGUCAUUCCGGUGACGUCAUGGACAACCACAGGAAAAAGGGGCACCAUUUAAUCACCGUCAAUCUUCAGGAAGUUCCCGAUGAGUUCACACACAUCUUCUUCACAUUGAGCUCGUAUGAGUCACCCACCAUCUCAAAGUUCCCAAACCCGAGUUUGAAGUUCUAUGAGAAGGACCGGCCAGAUGAGAUGCUGUGUGAAGACACGGUGGAGAAAACCAAUUUCUCGCAGGCGAUCGUCAUGUGCUGGAUUUCCAGGGAUAAGGGGAAGUGGUGUGUGUAUAGUGCCGGGAAGGCGUCGGCAGGCAAUUCGGAGGACUAUGAGCCCCUUUAUAAGACAAUCUCGGACAUUAUUGCUAAUGGACUGUAAAUAGUAGGUGUGUGCAUCUGAAACAACAACAAUUACAAAAUAUGCAGUAACUGAUCAAUUUAUCUUUCUCUUUGAUGGUAUUGGUUUAUUAUCGUAUUUUUUGAAUAGGUGUAGGGUUCGCCAAAGGACAACGGGUUGAUCAAAAACGACUGCACUUGUGUACCAUCUCGUGUUAUCUUUUGGGGGUAUUAGUUGUUUGAGUGGUGAAUACGCACAAAAUUUGAUUAUAAAAAAGGUUAACGAAUUCAUGGACUCUAAAAUUUAGUUUUGCUGCGGUCGUACUUCGAAAAGCAAACCAAGCCUGCUGAGAUGAUGAACAAUUUUAUAAUAUGGAACUAGUUGAAGUAAAUUUGUAUUUAUUUUAUAAAAUUUUACUUGAUGUUUUUGGUUUAUUUGUACUCUCUUAAUGUAAAAGAGU